AUGCGGUCUUUUCUUCUUCUCCUCGGAGCAGGCAUUCCAGCCCUGGCUGCCACAGCUGGCGAGUUCAGCGUGCUCUCAUUCAACGUCGCAGGUCUGCCCGCCGUCCUGAACGGCAACGACGUCCCAGGCGAUAAGACCGAAAACUCUCGUCAGAUCGGUCAGAAAUUCGCCCAGUACGGAUACGAUGUUAUCCAUGUGCAGGAGGACUUCAACUACCACGCGUACAUCUAUGAAACCGACAACCAUCCCUACCGCACUCCCACCUCUGGCGGCGCGGGAAUCGGCUCCGGCCUCAAUACGCUGUCGAACUUCCAAUUUACCAACUUUGUGCGGACCAAGUGGGGGACGUGCUCGGAUGCCGAGGGGGCAGACUGUUUGACUCCCAAGGGCUUCACCUCGAUGCGGGUGCGUGUCGAUGAGGGCGUAUAUGUGGAUUUCUACAAUCUGCAUGCUGACGCUGGAUCCCAAGCCGACGAUGCGAAGGCCCGCAGCGCCAAUCUGCAGCAGGUGGCCGAUUACAUCAAGGCCAACUCGGUCGGUAAUGCUGUGCUGGUGUUUGGCGACACCAACGCGCGCUAUACCUCAUCUGGCGAGAACAUCCGUGUCUUCCAGACGGAGAAUAGCAUGGUCAACCCGUGGGUUGAGCUGAUUCUCAAGGGAGCCGAGCCCGCCCAGGGUAGCAGUGUGUUGCUCUGCCAGAAUCCUAGCACGACCAACAACUGUGAAACUGUUGAUAAAGUCUUCUACCGGGGAAGCCGCACCGUUGAUCUGAAGGCCAUCUUCUGGAACUACGAGAGCAACAAGUUCCUCAGCGACAAGGGGACCAUCCUGUCCGAUCACAACCCAAUCACGACCAACUUCACCUGGACCAUGUCCAGUUCCUUCCGCCAGAGUGACCUCUUCGGUGGUCCACAUGGAACCUGGUUCAACGACCUCGACUCCCUCCCCAGCGCCUCCGCCGGCCAGAACAAGCCAAGCAAGAUCUCCCUGCGCGGUGCGGAGCGGCUCGAUAGCGUCGGUCUCACCUUGGGUUCAGGCACGAGCUACACCCACGGUGGCACGGGAGGCAGCCUCUCGGAACUCACCCUCGCGGCGAACGAGUACUGGACCAACGCGAAGCUAUGCCAGGGGCAGUACAACGGCCACACGCGCAACUUUUACCUGUUAGCCACGACGAGCACCGGACGGACGGUGAGUGCGGGAACGGCGACGUCCGAUUGCCAGGAGUUUGCGGCUCCGCAGGGAUGGCAGAUUGUAGGCUUCUACGGACAGGAUGGGGAUGAGGUUGAUCAGCUGGGAUUUAUCUACGGGUUGAUUUAG